CACCGCGAGAUACAAAGCGACAGGGGAGGGAGGGAUCGCACGACGUGCGCGAUUGUAGCAGGAGUACUCAAGGCUGGCUGUUCAUCACUGGGAGGCAUGGCGCAGACUAACAGCUAUGGACAGAGCAGCAAUGGAGUAGCGGAUGAGUCCCCCAACAUGCUCGUCUACAGAAAAAUGGAGGACAUUAUUGCUCGAAUGCAGGAUGAGAAGAACGGCAUUCCCAUUCGCACAGUGAAGAGUUUUCUGUCCAAGAUUCCCAGCGUCUUUUCAGGUUCAGACAUUGUGCAGUGGAUGAUCAAAAACCUAGACAUUGAAGAUCAAGUUGAGGCUCUUCACCUGGGAACUUUGAUGUCCGCACAUGGCUAUUUCUUUCCCAUCUCAGACCACGUGCUCACGUUGAAGGACGAUGGAACAUUUUAUAGAUUUCAGACUCCCUACUUUUGGCCUUCGAACUGUUGGGAACCAGAAAACACUGAUUAUGCUGUUUACCUCUGUAAGCGAACGAUGCAGAAUAAAGCCCGACUGGAACUUGCUGACUAUGAAGCUGAAAGUUUAGCACGACUACAGAGGGCUUUUGCACGGAAAUGGGAAUUCAUAUUUAUGCAAGCGGAAGCACAAGCUAAAGUGGACAAGAAACGGGACAAAAUCGAGCGCAAGAUUCUGGACAGCCAGGAACGGGCAUUCUGGGAUGUGCACAGACCCGUGCCUGGCUGUGUGAAUACGACAGAAGCCGACAUCAAGAAAUCCUCCAGGAUGAAACAGCCUCACAAAACACGGAAGUCAGUGUAUGGUCUACAGAAUGACGUCCGCAGUCACAGUCCCACACACACCAGCACACCUGAGGUUAAGGAACCCACUGAGGAGGAGCUACACGAACAGAUACAGUAUUGGCAAGCGCAGUUGGACAGACAUCGAUUAAAAAUGUCCAAAGUUGCAGAAAGUUUGUUGAGCUACACAGAGCAGUAUGUAGAGUACGACCCUUUCAUAACCUCACCUGAGCCAUCAAACCCUUGGAUGUCAGACGACAAUACCCUCUGGGAACUGGAAGCCAGUAAGGAGCCGGGUCAGCAGAGGGUGCGGCGGUGGGGAUUCAGUUUUGAUGAGGUUUUGAAAGACCCUGUAGGGAGGGAACAGUUCCUGAAGUUCCUCGAAUCUGAAUUUAGCUCGGAGAACCUGUGCUUCUGGCUGGCCGUGCAGGAGCUGAAGAAGCGGCCGAUCCGUGAGGUGCCCAGUCGUGUACAGGAGAUCUGGGACGAGUUUCUGGCCCCUGGAGCUCCGAAUGCCAUCAACCUCGACUCCAAAAGCUAUGAUAAGACCAUGCAGAAUGUCAAAGAUCCUGGACGCUACACGUUUGAAGAUGCCCAGGAACACAUCUAUAAGCUGAUGAAGAGCGACUCGUACAGCCGCUUCAUUCGAUCCAGUGCCUACCAGGAGCUUUUACAGGCCAAGAAGAAGAAAAGCAAGAAUUUGUUCUGAAGAACUGGAUGCUGGGAUGUCAGAGCUACGACCAUCAGGCCUCACUUCCUGCAAACCUGCGUCACACUUCAUCUGAAGAAGAAGAGGAUGAGAGCAGUGUGUGAUUUGUACAUUACUGUAAUCUACUGUGCUUCAUAAUAAACCCAACACGGAGGUAUAGCAGUCGAGUCGUUGCAUGUCUGAUAAACCGAGGUAAAAGAUGGCUUUGUUUUUUUUCCAUCGUUCCUCAUCCACUCAUACGGAGGACUGAUUUUUUUUCACACGGCCUUGAAAACAC